AUGAAGCUCUGCAACCCAUUCGCUUUCCGGCCCGGCCCGGUCACAUUCUGGACCACCGUCGUCUACCUAGCCGUCGUCAUCCCGCUCGUGUACGUGCACGAGACGGUCCCCGGCGCGCCCGCUGACGAUGCCCUGUAUGGCGGCCUCAACCUGACGGAGGCGUGGCUCGACCUUCAAACUAUCACUAGGACCUAUCAUCCCUACAACAGCCACGAGAAUGAUCGCGACAAAACCCAUGGUGCUGGGUCCGACACCAAAGCUCCCAGAGUCACCGUCUUCGAUGACCGCAUGGCCAACGUCACAUACACGUCCAAGGGCCCCCAGAAUUGGACGGCCCAGUACUUCGAAGGCAGCAACUUUUACCUUUAUAUCCGCGGAAAGGAUGAUCCCCGAGGUGUCCUCGUCAACUGCCACUUCGAUUCGGUCUCGACCGGCUACGGAGCCACCGAUGAUGGCGUGGCGUGCGUGUCCAUGCUCCAGCUCCUCAGCUACUUUACCUCCCACGGCCGCCAGCCCAACAACGGCAUUGUCUUGCUCUUCAACAACGCCGAGGAGGACGGCCUCCUGGGAGCCCGCGCGUUCGGCUACAGUCCCUUGCUGAGCUUUUGCCGCACAUUUGUCAACCUCGAGGGGGCCGGGGCCGGCGGCCGCGCCAUGCUGUUUCGUACAACGGACCUCGAGGCCGCCAAGGCGUACGCCGCGAGCCCGCAUCCUUUCGGCUCGGUGGUUGCAGCGAAUGCCUUUGAGCGAGGAGUCAUCAAGAGUGCCACUGACUACUCCGUGUUUGCUGAUGUCUAUGGCCAGCGCGGACUGGACAUUGCCUUUUACGAGCCUCGCUCGCGCUACCACACACAAGAGGACGAUGCGCGCCACUCGUCCGUCAACAGCGUCUGGCACAUGCUCUCGGCCGCUCUGGCCUCGACCGAGGCUCUCUCCAAGACGACCGGCGUUGACUUCGAAGGCCCUCGCUCGGAUGGACGGAAGGACCUUGUCCAGAACGGCAGGCCAACCGAGGGCGUCUGGUUCGAUUGGUUCGGCAACGCAUGGGUCGCAUUUCCGCUUAGAGGGUUGUUUGCGUGGUCGCUGACUCUGCUCGUCGCCACGCCGCUGGUGCUGCUUCUCGUGACGUACUUGCUGGCCCGGAACGACAAGUACUACUUCUUCGCCAGAAACGUCAAGCCGGACAGCUCAGACGUGGAUGGGGAGUUGGUCUCUCUGGGAGGCUGGAAGGGCUUAUUCCGCUACCCGUUCGCCUUGCUCUUCGCGGCUGGGCUGACUGUUGCCUCGGUGUUUCUGGUCGCAAAGAUCAACCCACUCAUCAUAUACAGCAGCGACUACGCAGUAUGGGCCAUGACCAUGUCGUUGUUCUACUUUGCAUUCUGGCUGAUUGCGCGGGGCUCGAGCUUCGUCCGUCCCAGCGCGCUCCAGCGGGGCUUCGCCAUGAUCUGGCUCUACAUCAUCACUUGGAUCGUGCAGGUCUUUGCCGCCGUCGCCGAGGAUCGCAUGCACGUCGGGGCCCUCUACUUCGCCGCCUUCCUCCAUACGGCGGUGUUUGUCUCCCUUAUGAUAUCAUUGCUGGAACAGUUUGCCCUCCCGACCAAGCACGACUUUGCUCACCAGCUUCACGACACGGAUCGCGAACGCAACUAUUCUGUCCAGCGCGACGAUCAUCACAGCGCCGCCGAAGAGAGCGAUGGGAAUGCCCAAGGAAUCGUCGAAGAAGACGAUGAUGCCGAGGACCCGACAGAGACGACCCCGCUCAGGGGGGCGCCCAAGCUGCAGAGCCAAGCGCCCGACGAGCGCGAACAGGCGUGGUCUGCCCGGCUGCCCACGUGGACGUGGCUCAUUCAGCUCCUGCUGCUUGCGCCAGUGCACGUCAUUAUACUCGGAAAUCUUGGCCUCGUCCAAACGACGGCGAUGGCAAUGACGGGGGUGGAUGGCAACAGUCUGCUGACUCCAUUGAUGGCCAUUGGCAUCGUGGGCGUGCUUUUGUUGCUUCCUCUGACACCCUUUAUGCAUCGCAUCAGCUACCAUGUUCCAGUCUUUCUCCUUGCCGUCUUCGUCGGCACGCUCAUUUACAACCUGGUCGCCUUCCCCUUUUCUGUCAGUAACCGGUUCAAGUUUAGAUUCCAGCAGACGGUCGACCUGGAUAAGGGCACCAACGUGGUCGAGCUGUCAGGCCUGGAAGAGUUUGUCCGGCCUGUCAUCGCAUACCUCCCAUCGGCAGCCGGACAGGAGAUUGAAUGCCUCAAGUCAGUCGGAAGGAUCGUGGAAUGCCAGUAUGACGCGUCAAGCCUUCCGCCAGACCCAGCGGAUGGAGAGAAGCUCGAUAGAUUGGUGUCGAUCGAGAUCGCUAGGUCGUCUGACGGACGGUCUGCGAGCGUACAGGUGCGCGCCUUGAACACGAGAAUGUGCCACCUGGACAUCUCGAGCCCGAUUUUCGACUUCUCCGUGGAAGGCGGAGGCCACAGAGAUGACCGAUUCGGUGCUCUUCCGAGCGAGGGCUUCCAGCACAUCCAACUUUGGAGGCGGACAUGGGAGGGAGCGUGGAACGUGACCCUGCAGCUGAGUGGUGAUGGGCACUCUGCGGCCAGCAACGAAACAGGCUCGAGCGGCGCAGUCGGGGAUCUCGACGACGUGAGGGGCGAUGAGCUCAAACUGCGAUCGACUCCGCCGGCCAGUAAGCUUGAGGUGGCCGUCAGAUGCGCGUGGGAUGAUGCCAACGGGGCAGUCAAAAUCCCUGCAUUCUAUGAGCUCAUCAGGUUCAUGCCCGAGUGGGCCAUUGUCACGAAGAAGGCGACGGGGCUCGUGCAGGUGAGGAGAGGUUCCCAGGUGCCGUCAUGA